AUGGCCUUGGAUUCUUCAGCUACUUUCGAGGCUCGCUGCCUGGAGCUCGGAUUGGCCGCGACCUUUGUGCAAGAGCUGCAUACCGGGGGCAUUGACACAUAUGCCUCUCUUGCCUUCUGUCAGCCACACCAGGCUAACAGUGGAAUCGACGAUGUUGCACUUAUGCGUCACGUGAGCUCGCUCGUCUCUUCAGCUCUCUCGGCUCACCAGACCACUGCAUUGCGACGCCUUGCGUUUGAGGCGCAGGCUCUGGCUCUUCAAGAUCUGCGCAGCAAGCUUGAACGUACCUCAGAUUCCGAGCCGAAGGUUCUUCGCUUACAGGAGAAACUCGAGCGCAGCUCUCGCCUACAGAAUCGGCUCGUCGGGGUCACCUUCACUGAUCACAAUCAGCCUGCGCAUGCCCUGGUGGACAAGGCAUCUCAGCAGUUCGAUGAGGGCGUCCUUCAAUACCUGCAGCUCAACAAAUGCAUCAGCCGUUACCAAGAGGCCCUCGCUGAACGCUCUUCCGCCUCUCUGCGCUUCGGCUCGGAUGGUGCAAUCAAGGUGUCGCGGGAGUCCGCGGGUGGUGAAUGUGACAUCUCCACUGCCCACCUCCUUCGUGCCGCUUUUCAGCGGCGGGCCAUGGCUUACGAUAUUGCAGGUGUUGCCACCUACGAAGCUCUGGACGCCUGGGCCCAGAAUCUCUUUGAUCGUCUUGCGACUCCUGUGCCGUCCAGUCGUUACUCUCCUAUUGGCCUCGAGCAGAUUUUAGCUGCCGACAAAGCCCUUUGGGUUCGCCUGUCUCGGCUCAGCCGUGGGCUUCUGGGCCGCAGUGACGCCGCCACAGGUGCCUUGCUGGUUGACAAUUUGAUCCUGGAUUUGAGCAACCACCCCGAGGUCGUCUGGCAUUUCCUCCCGCUGGCAAAUGCUUCUCACACCCCUCCUCCCAAGCCUCAUGCUGCUCAGCCUGCCCGCAAGCGCAAACGAAGCCAGAGGCGUGCCUCCUCUGCUCCACCUGCGCCUGCUGCGUCACUGGGUCGAACCCCUGCGAAGGGCCCAGGCAAAGGCUCCGGCGCCGGCUCUCGCAUCCAAGUGCCUGAUGGCUGCACCAUUCGCUUUUCCAAAGGCCCCAUUUGCAUGAAGUUCAACCUGGGGACCUGCCGCGCUUCUCAUGUGAAGCCUGGUGCUCGUUGCAGCAACGGCUACCACACCGGCGAUUUUGUCUCGCCGCCCCACGCCGGUCACCCUGCUGAGCAAUUCGCGGCCCGCUUUGCCAACUCUGUUAUGACUGCCGAGCAAGCCUAUCAGCUUUUUGAACUUUUGCCUGCUGAGGCUCCGGCUCGUGCUGCAUCUCUGCUGCCUCAGUCAAAGUCUUUUACCACUGGAGCCUUUGCAUACUCCAGCGGACCUGGCUUGCGUCGCCACACCCGUGUUUUCCCUUUGGCGACCAAGGCCCUUGCCGAUUUUGUGCGAGCUACUUGUGCCACGCACUCUUUCUCCAGCAUCGCUAUCUUCCGCGAUUUGACUGCUCCCCUGCAUUUGGACGCCCUUAACCAGCCGUCCCAACCCAACCUGCUCAUCCCUCUCACGGCCUUUUCAGGUGGAGGCGUGUGGUAUGAGUCCCCCUCCGGCACUUCUCAUCGCCUCUUGGACGGUGUCGUGACGCCUGGUUGUGUGCUUGAUGUGGCCUCCGGGCCAGUCUUCCUUCCUGCUGCCGAGGCGCGUCACCAAACACUCCCUUGGGAGGGCACUCGCUGCGUUCUGGUUGCCUUCACUUCCCUUGACGCGCACACCCUGUGCCCCGCCGAUCUCGACACUCUGAGUCGCGCCGGCUUCUCUUGUGGCGCCCCUGGCACACCACACGCUCUGCCUCCUGUCCCGCACACUAGCCUGCGACCAAUGGCGGUCGAACUUUGCGCCGGCUCGGCCUCCCUGUCGGCCGCUCUUCGCGCUGCUGGCUUUGCCACUUUGGCGGUCGACCACCACUGGAAUACGCAUUCCCCGCAGCACUCCAUCUGCCAGCUGGAUCUCAGCUGCCCCCAGCAACAAGAGCUCUUGCUCCGAUGGAUGCGCACACAGCCGCUUGCACAUGUGCACCUCGGCCUCCCCUGUGGCACCUGUUCGCGGGCCCGCGAACGUGCUCUGCCUCACGGUGUGCCUGGGCCCGCCCCGCGGCCUUUGCGUAAUCUGCUCCACCCCCUAGGCCCUAGUGUCUGCCAAGCCAAUGCCGUCUACUGGUUCGCUUUGGACGUCCUGGAGCUCGCCGCCAGCAUGGGUGCCACCGUCAGCCUCGAGAACCCUUCUCGAUCCUGGCUCUGGUCAGCGCUACGUGUCAUGGCCGAGGAAUCCCAACGUGUGCAUCUCCUUGCCCAGCUCGAAGAAUGCACCAAGAUCUUAGGAUCCCCCGGCCUCUUCAGCAGCCUCCGGGCCUCUUGCGACUCCUCACACACCCAUGCGCCGUGGACCAUUGACCAGACAGGCCGCGGGCCGCGCUUCGCCACUGCCGAGGAAGCGCAGUACCCUCGCUUGCUUUGCUUGCGCAUGGCGCAGGCUCUGGCCACGCGUCACCAGCUCCCCGAGCCUGUGCCUAAUGCUUCCGCCAGUCUAUCUCAAAGCGUCCGCCGCGGCCCUCGCCCGCUCAUCCCCGAGUUCUACGAGUGUGCCCGGGUGCCUGCAACCUCCACUCUGCAGCCCCACGAGCGCGUGCUGUCUUCUUUGCCAUCGGGGGUAUCAAUCUCCCAAGACAGCAUCCCUGAGUCUUCUUCCACUGCAUGCGUCAACAUCGGCCGACAGUGGAACCCUCAAGACUACUUGAAUUUAGCCAAGCAGACCGAACAUCCGAGGAAUCCUGGCCAAGUUCUCCCAACGGUGCUGAAAGAUGCAGUGGACACGGUGUUGACAACCGACCCGGUCGACACGGCAAAACGGCGUCUGCAGGCCGUGAUAACCAUCAAGCAGUUAGCCAAAGAGCUUGAAGGGAAAGAAGACGAGUUCAAAUCGUCUCUGGACCCGGACGUGGCAAGUAUCCUCAGUCCCAAGAAACUUUGCCUCUGGAAGGCCCUCCUCAAGGCUUCCGACUUCGAUGAUUGCGGGAUCGUCGACUUGAUGGCUAGAGGCAUUCCUCUUGUUGGGACGCAUGGGCCCGUCCCCAAUCUAGAACCUGGAGGAGAACCUUCCUCGGACUCACCGGACAACCUUCUUGCGUCGGCUCCUCUCAGGCGUGAAGCCAUGAUUCAGUCUCGCAAGAUCCCCAGUGACCAACAUCAGAACGACCUUGUCUCGGCUUCCAUGGAAGAGGUCAGCAGGGGCGAUCUGAAAGGCCCCCUCACGGAGAGCGAUGCCCACCAGCACUUCGGUUCCGAGCAUUGGUUGCUCAACCCCAGGUUCCCGAUUUACCAGGGAGUUAGUCUUAAGCUUAGGGUUAUAGACGACGCCAAGGCAUCGGGUUUAAACUCUGCCUUCUCCCCGUCGUACAAAGUCAAGCUGAUGGACAUUGACGUCUUGGCAUGCCUAGUGGCUCACGUGGCCUCGAGUCUGCACCUGGGGCACUGUGACGGAAACCCGGUACACCAUCUCGUAGCCUCGUCAGAGUGGGAAGGAGGCACGCUUGACUUGGCCCGAGCAUACAAACAGGUACCGAUUGACCCAGCCUCGAGGCCCUUCUGUGUCGUGGGCUUCCCGACCUCAGAAGGGUGGCAGUACUACAGGUCAGACGUGCUUCCAUUCGGCUCCAACGCCUCGGUGUACGCAUUCCUGAAGAUCUCGCGUGCGUUGCACCAUGUGUUGGUCAAGUUCCUCGCUGCACUUACCACGGUGUUCUACGACGACUUCCCCAUCAUAGAACCGGCCAUGGGAGCUCCGGUCCUGAAAUCUGCGGUAUCGGCCGUCCUCGACUGCUUGGGAUGGGCCCAUUCCAAAGACGGCGACAAAGCCCUGCAAUUCGCCGGCUCGUUCGUCGCCCUCGGGGUCUUGGUGGAUCUGAGAGGAAUUCGGUCCGCCAAAUUCCGCCUAUCGAACAAGCCAGGCAGAAUCGACAGGCUAGUCGAGAUGAUCCAGCAGUUCAGCGACGAGGGGCGCGUCGACUCUGGGCGGCUUUCGAUUCUGCAAGGUCACUUGAACUUCGCCGCCGGGUUCUACAUGGCCAAGGGACUACGCUUCUUAUCCAAGGAAUUUGCCAAGUUGCUGGAUGGGCGUCGUUCCACAUCCGAGAUCAGAGCUUUGUGCAGGCUUGCCAUAGCUCUUCUUCGGGGGACUCCCGAGCGCGAGUUUGACUUGGCCGUCACUGGGCAGCCUGUCAUCAUUUUCACUGACGGGUCCUGGGAAGGGGGCAGGGCAGGCGCCGGCGGAGUCGUUUUCGACCCAGCCACAGAAGCCACCCAAGUCUUCGAACUGGAAGUUCCGGGUGAGCUCCUUGCGGCAUGGCAACAGCAGGUGGGCACUCAGCUCAUCUGCCAGAUCGAAGCUUAUGCUGCAAUAUCUGCCAGAUACCUCCUCCGACACGUCAUCCGAGAUCGCCUCGCGGUUAUGUGGAUCGACAACGAACCAGCGAGGGUGGCUCUCUCCAAGGGGACCGCGGACUCCGAGUCUCUGAGAGCCAUGGCCAGGGUCAUGCAGUCCAUCGAGAUCUCUCAUCCUUCGGUGCUGUGGUACGAGAGAGUCUGCUCCUUCAGCAACCCUGCGGACAUGCCGUCCAGGGGGGAUGCAGAGGCUGCAGCCCGCCUCUUCGGCGGCAGAGUCGUUAACCUCGGCUCGGAUGGACCUGUCAGGGAUGCGAUCCUCCUUGCUGUAAGAGAUCCCUACGCCAACCUGGUGGUGUAG